AUGAUGAAUGAGGGAGUCCUUCAUAUCGAGGAGCAUUUACGUGAAGCAUUUACAACAAUGAACACGCUACGGAACCACCAAGAACUAUGUGAUAUCGUGUUAUGUGUGGGCAACAUUGAAAUCCAUGCGCAUCGUCUCGUCUUAGCAUCGUGUAGCCCCUACUUCUAUGCAAUGUUUACAAAUAAUUUGGCAGAAAGUCAACAGUCCGUUGUAACAUUAAAUGACAUGGACGCGAAUUGUGUUGAAAUCUUAGUGAACUUUGCUUACACUGCAGACAUUACUGUAAAUGAAAGCAAUGUCCAAGCACUUUUACCGGUCGCUUCGUUGUUACAGAUUUCGUCCGUACAGAAAGCUUGUUGUUCUUUUUUAGAGGGCCAGCUUGAUCCCACGAACUGUUUGGGUAUAUUGUCGUUCGCUGAGGUACACAGUUGCGAUGAACUUGCAAUAAAAUCGCGCCAUUACUGUACUCGAUAUUUUUCCAAGGUUGCAAGAGCCGAGGAAUUCCUGUCCAUUACAGAGGACAGAUUGUGUUCAUUAAUGGAUGGUGAUGGAUUGUGUGUGAAAAAUGAAGAUGAG